AUGUGUAUUUUAAAAAUAUAUACAGCACAUGUACAAAGGCACCAGCUGCGCGCCGCCAGCCUGCGGGCCGAGAGCCGCGGGGAGAAGGCCAUCACGCAGGUCAGCAAAGGCACCUGCGAGCAAGGCCCGUCCAUCGUGACGCCCCCCAAGGACAUCUGGAACGUCUCCGGCGCCCAGGUGUACCUGAGCUGCGAGGUCAUCGGGAUCCCCACCCCAGCGCUCAUCUGGAACAAGGUCAGAAGGGGUAGCUACGGAGUUCAAAGGACGGAGCUCUUGCCUGGUGACCGGGAUAACCUCGCCAUUCAGACCCGAGGUGGCCCAGAAAAGCACGAAGUGACAGGCUGGGUGCUGGUGUCUCCUCUGAGUAAGGAGGACGCCGGAGAAUACGAGUGCCAUGCAUCCAACUCCCAAGGACAGGCGUCAGCCUCAGCCAAGAUCACAGUGGUCGAUGCUUUACAUGAAAUACCAGCGAAAAAGGGGCUGUGAAAAGGUGGAGGUGCUGACAUAAACUUGCUGAAGCCUACAUAGCUGAAA